CCGAUUUCCUUUUGAACGUUGUGCGUAUCUGAGUGUCGAUUGCCAUUGCCAGUGCCUGUUGGUGUGAUAAAUCAUCAGCGACGCUGAUUUUUCACACGCCAUUCAUGCGGCGAAUUGCGAGUCUGACGAGGCCAGCGAGGCUGUUCAGCAGACCUUACGUGUGUCCACGGAGGGGAUGUCGAUGGUUCAGUGCACUGCCUGAGGGCAUGGAGCGAGAUUCAAUGGAGUAAGUGAUGGGCACACACACACGUGCGCAUCCAUCCAUCCAUGGAUGAUCCCCGUGCGCUUCUCUCUGCAGGUACGAUGUGUUGAUAGUCGGCGGCGGGCCGGCAGGUCUGGCGGCGGCCAUUCGCGCCAAGCAGGUGGCCCAGGACCGGGGGAGUGACAUCAGCGUGUGUGUGAUCGAGAAGGGUGCCGAGAUCGGCUCACACAUCCUCUCCGGCAACGUCUUCGAGCCGCGAGCUCUCAACGAGCUGCUGCCCGACUGGAGGGAGAGGGGCGCGCCGCUGGACACAGCCGUGACCGACGACCGCUUCUAUCUGCUGACCAAGAACAGUGCAGUGGAGGUGCCGCCGAUGCUGCUGCCGCCCACGAUAGACAACCACGGCAACCACGUGAUAUCUCUGGGCAACCUCUGCAAGUGGAUGGGCAGCCAGGCAGAGGACAUGGGCGUGGAGGUGUUCGCCGGAUUCUCGGCCGCCGAGGGCGUCUUCAACGAUGGUGGGGCACUCGUGGGGGUGCAGACAGCCGAUGUCGGCAUCGACAAGGCCGGCAAACCCAAGGACACCUUCCAGCCUGGAAUGAUCCUCAAAGGUAGCUAGAUGUCAGGCACACGAAGGAAGCCCCGGCGGCUCUGAUUCCAUCCCUCUCUCUUUGUUCGUGCGUCGUUGGUUCAGGCAAGCAGACGAUCUUGGCUGAGGGCUGCCGCGGGUCGCUAAGCGAGGCCCUGAUGGCGAGGUAUGCGUUGCGUGAGGGGCGGAGCCCGCAGCAGUACGGCCUAGGCGUCAAGGAGGUGUGGGAGCUGGCAGAGGACAAGGCCAAGCCCGGCCUGGUGGUGCACACGGUUGGGUGGCCUCUCGACGCGUUCACCUAUGGCGGGUCCUUCAUGUACCACAUGAAGCCCAACCUCCUGCUGCUGGGCCUGGUCGUCGGACUCGACUACAGAAACCCAUACCUCAGGUGCGUAGCCUGGGGGGGGACAUCAGAUCAAUCCAUCGGAGGCAACACAGCCACCCAGCACACUGCGUGUGUCGUGUCGUGUUGCGUUGUGUUGUGUUGUGUGCAGUCCAUAUCAGGAGUUGCAGCGGUUCAAGCACCACCCGGCCAUCAGGCCCCUGCUGGAGGGCGGCCGCUGCAUCUCCUACGGCGCCAGAUGCCUCAAUGAAGGAGGCGUGCAGGCUCUCCCCAAACUCACCUUCCCGGGAGGUACGCAAACACAUAAACACACACACACACAGAGGCCGACGAGUGUCCAUGUGCACACACCGACACUUCUCUGUCUCUCUGGCCCCCAUUUCUGUCUGUCUGUCUGUCAGGUGUGCUGACAGGUUGCGGCGCCGGCUUUUUGAACGUGCCCAAGAUCAAGGGAUCCCACACGGCGAUCAAGUCGGGCAUGCUGGCGGGGGAGACGGUGGCCAAGGCUAUCAUCGACAGGGGAGAGGCCAUGGACGAGGGCGCCGAGCUGGCCGAGUACCAGACCAAUAUGGAGGGCUCCUGGGUCUGGCAAGAGCUGCAGCAGGUAUGUCGAGAGGGAGGGAAGGGGAGAGGGCAUCCUUAUCGAGAAGAUAACGUGUGUUUGCCGUGUGUCUGGCUGUGUGUGUGUCAGGUUCGCAACGCAAAGCCUGCGUUCAAGUGGGGUGGGUUGUACGGCGGGCUGGCCUACUCUGGGUUCACUCUCAACGUGACUGGUGGGCGGGAGCCGUGGACAUUCACCUGGAACAAGAAGGACUGCGACACCACCGACCCCAAGGACAGACACACGCCCAUCGAGUACCCCAAACCAGACGGCAAAAUCAGGUAGGUGCAGCGGCGCCUCUUGCCUCGAUUGCAUUCCAUGUGUGAUGUGGUCAGCUUUGACCUGCUUGAGAAUCUGGUCCGCUCGGGCACCAAUCACGAGCACGACCAACCGGCACACCUUAAGGUGGGGCACUUACAAGACCCAUUUACACGCACAGACCAGACAGACAAUCUCAUUCAUGGAGUGCUGGUGGUCAGGUGAAGCCCCCACUGGCAGACGUGCCCGUAAAUGUGUCGUGGAAGCAAUACGCCGGACCUGAGUCGAGAUUCUGCCCAGCAAAGUAAGUAGAGACCUGACGGACAGCAAUGCUUGCUGGUGGUGCUGGUGUGAUGACUGAUCAAUUUGUGUGUCGGUGCGGUGUGGGCAUUUCCUGAUCAGGGUGUAUGAGUUCCUCCCGGACGAGUCAUCGAGUGGUGAGAUGCGCCUGCAGAUCAACGCACAGAAUUGCGUCCACUGCAAGUGCUGCUCUAUCAAGACGCCCCAAGAGUACAUCAACUGGACUGUGCCGGAGGGCGGCGGGGGCCCCGCAUACAGCGGCAUGUGAUCCCAGCCACUCCUCCCUCCCCACCCUCCCCACCCUCCCUCUCUCGGCUCCUUUUGUCGAUUCCUGUGCAUAGACAGCCGGUCGUUGGUUGGUUGCCGCGAGCGAGACGCCAAGUGGGAACGAGCGAGCGAUAGUGGCAGUGCAGUGCAGUGUGUGCAUCUGCAUCAUGUAGUAUGUAUGUCGGCUUGUUUGUUGCGGACGGAUGGCGGG